AUUUUGCAGCGAAAAUACGGUGUGCAGGCUACAUGGUUUCGGGGCGGGUUCUGGGGGUUUUUAUGUUUAGUGUUGGGUUUUUGUGUGGAUAUUAUUUUCAUAUUCUUCACCUAAAGUACCUUCGUAAAAAGCAAAACUUCUUUCAAAACCGUCUCAAAGACGUUGAAAACAAACUCAAGAAUUACUAAGUAUCCAACCUUUCAACUAUAGCUUAAAACAAUUGACUAUUACUCAUCUGCUGAUGUCCUCUCAAGUUAAGGAAGAUUUAUAUGGUGUAUCAUGGUCUAAUCCAGCAUGGAGUCACUUCCUUUGUUCAGCAAACGUUCUCGACUAUUUUUGUGACCUUUCCAAUCCCUUUUAUGAUAGGCAGUGUAAUAAUGAGGUUAUUCGUAUGCAAAGACUCCAUCCUGAGCAACUGUUGUGCAUGACAGGUGUUGAGUUUUAUCUUCAUCACGCUCAAGAACCCAUACUGUUCAUAAUACGAAAGCAGCAACGUUUAUCUCCAACUCAAGUCACUCCAUUGGCUUAUUACUAUGUGAUUAAUGGGACAGUACUUCAAGCGCCAGAUCUUUCUACUCUCCUGAACUCUCGUUUGUUGACAGCGAUUGUAGGGUUGAAGAAAGUAAUCCAGACAUUAGGUCCUUGUGCUCGGUAUCAUCCUUCAGACGGUUCCUAUUCAUGGGAUGACCCUAAUGUUUUGCUUGGAUAUAAUAAAGAACCAGAUCAAGCUUAUACAAAAUCUCAGUCUACCUCAAAUACUGAAAGAGAUCUAUAUAAAAGUGCAAAUUUAUUUCAAGUUCAAAGAACAGAUACCCUACUUGCUGAUUGGAUGAAUCGUUUUCCUGUCCCAUCGGCAAGUUUUAUUCAAAAUCUGGCCAACUCAGGACAAACAUCAUCUGUACCGACAGUUACUUCUGCAAUUAACGCGAGUGGAGUCGUUUCUCUUACAUCAGCUCAAACCGUAAGAUAUUUCCAAGAAUCUAUUCACACAACUAAUGUAAUCAUUUAAUCUGUAUUUAUUCACGUUAUCAAAACCAUUGAAGAUUUAAGUCAGACUUUACUGAAAAAUUAUUAAUAAUCAUAGUCUAAAUCAUGAAGUGAUCUCAAAAAACCCACCAUAACCAGAAACUACGGACAACUACUUUACUCUUUCGGUAGAAAGCAGAAACUUGGAUUAUAAUUCUUGUUUGGUGAUCACAAUAUUUCUAGUUUAUUUUGUUUAAUUUACACGCACUUUUACUAGUAAGCGCCGUAGAUAUUUACAGUUUUACAUUCUUGAUGUGUAACACACCAUUCGUUUUUAUUUGAAGUAAGCAUAGCUAAAAGAUCGACAUAGACAAAUAAAAUCAAAAAAUUGAAAUUAGCUAGGGAAAAUAAAACUUAAAUUAUCGGUUUGGAACGUAAACAUACAUACCGACACCCAACAGGUUUUUCGAAAAAAAAUCAUUGAAAGCAGUAAACAAACCGCUUGAAAGCUCUUUGACUCAAUUAGUCGAACCAGAGCUCAUUGCAAACUGUCAUCGGAAUUAAUUGCUUCAAUUGGUACUUGUCAGCGUUGUCCGCUUUCCCCAUUUUCAUUUGACUUUGUUAUAGACAUGCUUUUAGAGAUAACACUUUCCUCUUCUAACCUUUCAGCGGUUGAUCUUCUACCAGAAGAUUCACUUGUUUGCUUAGAAUACUCAAAUGUCAUAAAUCUGUUUGGUGAGGACGCUGACAAAUGCAAUCUUCUGACCACUUUAUGCAACAAUGCAAACAUGUUUGGGAUGGGAUUCUCACAUUGUAAUUGCAAAAUGUUUCUUUAGGAUGGGCUUGCGUCAGCGCCUGAGUUAGUGAUGGAGAAUUAAGUAGUAGAGAGUAUCAACCACUCUAUUCACCUUGGGAUCCUCAUCAGUCCUGAUGUCUGACGAAAUCUGUACACGGGUUCAGAAGGCCCAAUCGGCUUUUGCCAACUUGCGUUACUUGUGGUGUAGGUGAGAUAUCCAUAUUUCAAUCAAAGGACGCGUUUACUACACAGCAGUUCGCUCCGUUCUAAUUUAUGGAUGUGACACAUGGCCAUUAGGAAUAGAGAAUAUUCGUAGGUUACUGUUAUUCGAUCACAGUUUUCUUCGAAGCACUGCCUGGGUUAGGAAUAGGGUACUGAGUAAAGAUGGUAAAUCGAUUGACGACGUAGUAAAUCUUCAUCAAUCGAGGUGGUCGGGGCAUCUUACGCAUGCCAAACCACCGUGUUCCUUGACGAGCGGUGUUUUUUGGUGUUGGAGUAGACUGGAUCAGAGCUAGGGGUUGUCAAAUCAAGAAUGUCAUCAGUCCAUGAAGUCAUUCGUAAUAGGGCUGAAACAUGUUAGUGGGUUUAGGCCAAAUUUUCAUAUACUGCGUGAUCAUGGUAAAGAAUUUUUAAAGGCUGAAUGAAAUGGUUCAAUAUUUUUUACAGUUGGGCUGGUAGAUUCAGUGUUUUUUUUCUCCCAAAUUUUGAGCUUCUAGAUCCCAUACUUUUUGCAUCAGUCAUUCAGAUUUAUUUAAUCGUAUCUUUGAUAUCCAGUCUUUUCUAAUUGUGCCGGUCCUGAUAAUGCUUCUUCUGUUCUGGGACUUGCCAUAACGGUGUUAUCUCGCUGUGGUCUUGGCUUAUGGUAACUUUCAGUGAUGUAUGUUUUGUGCUAUGUUUUUUUAUUUUGGUUGACUGAGCAAUGAUUGUGUUGUUUAACAGAAUGAAUAUCCUUUCACUAAGUCAGGUCGAUUAACAGUUACUUCAUGACUUUUAGAAUCACCCAAUUCAUGUCUUUUGGAAAUAUUCUGUUUUUUUACUUUUCCAGGCAUCUUCUGGGAAAGAAGAAAAUCUUCAGAACAACUGCAAUUCUCCAGCUAAGUUACCUACACGGCUGCCUACAUUACCCGGUGUUUCUGUUGUCCCAGGACCAUCACCAAGCACUUCAACGCAGCCAUCACUGCUUGUAGACCGAAAACCUCGUGUUUAGCAUAUUUUUAGUUUCUUCAAUUGAUACUGUUAAAAGCUGUACAAAAAUAUGGUUUGGUAUAGCACCAUUUUAUAUUUCGAUAAGUUUAUUUAGCGAUCCAAUCAUGAUGUACUCUGAUGUCAUUUUUACUUAGUAAUGUAUUUAUAAAAUUAUUACUCUUUUUGUCUAUGUAAAUAUAAAUUUUUUCUACUAAAAAUUCACUUUUAUUCACGGCUUUCCCAUAAAUUGGAGCGUAUGAUUAACGUAUGGACCAUUUUGUUUUCGAACAAUGAUUUUCUUACGUUACGAUAAUGCAAUGAGAAGAAAAAGUUUAUCAGAAUUAUGUAGUACAUUUGCGCAAUGCAUUCCGAACAAUCUGAUCACAUAUAUACUUGUUAAGAUAUUUUUAUAUGAAAAUUAAAAGGUCAACCAGAUGGGUUAAAGGUAAGCCGUAACAAAGAAAAAAAAUAAUAAAGUACACAAAAACAAUGUGAUGACC